GUCCCUUCAGAGGGUGCUGCUGUCUCUCCCACUGGAAGGAGACCUCUGGCCUUUCUCCCCUAGGGCUGUGUCUGGCUGUCCCCGAGAAAACUGUGCGAUGGUGCACCGUCUCAAAUCAUGAAGCCAGUAAGUGCACCGCUUUCCGUGACAGUAUGCAAAAAGUCCUUUCUGAGGCUGGUCCUCUUGUCGCCUGUGUGAAGAGAACCUCCUACCUUGAGUGCAUCAAGGCCAUCGCGGCAAACGAAGUAGAUGCUGUAACGCUGGAUGCAGGUUUGGUGUUUGAAGCGGGCCUGGCCCCCUACAACCUGAAACCUGUAGUGGCAGAGAACUAUGGAUCGAAAGACAAUCCACAAACCCACUAUUAUGCUGUGGCCGUGGUGAAGAAGGGCAGCGGCUUCCAGCUGAACGAGCUCCAAGGCAAGAAGUCCUGCCACACAGGCCUUGGCAGGUCUGCUGGGUGGAACAUCCCCAUGGGCUUACUCUACUGGGAACUGCCUGAGCCACGUGAAUCUCUUCAGAAAGCAGCGUCCAAUUUCUUCGCGGGCAGCUGUGUCCCCUGUGCGGAUCGGACAGCCUUCCCCAACCUGUGUCAGCUGUGUGCGGGAAAAGGGGCUGACAAGUGUGCCUGCUCCCACCACGAACCGUACUUUGGCUACUCGGGUGCCUUCAAGUGUCUGCAGGAUGGCGUGGGAGAUGUGAGCUUCGUGAGACAUAUGACUGUGUCAGAGAACCUUGCACACCAGGCCGACAGGGACCAGUAUGAACUGCUCUGCAGGGACAAUACCCGGAAGCCAGUGGACAAAUAUGAGGAGUGCCACCUGGCCAGUGUCCCUUCCCAUGCCGUUGUGGCCCGAAGUGUGGGUGGCAAGGAGGACUUGAUCUGGGAGCUUCUCAACCAGGCCCAGGAACAUUUUGGAAAAGACAAGUCAGCAGAAUUCCAGCUCUUUGGCUCUCGUCUUGGGAAGGACCUGCUGUUUACAGAUGCCGCCCAAGGGUUUUUAAGAGUCCCACCUAAGAUGGAUACCAAGCUGUACCUGGGAUAUAAGAAUAUAGCUGCCGUUCUGCGUCUCACGGGAGGUGUGGAAGGCCCCCAGAGGGUGCAGUGGUGUGCAGUGGGCCACCAUGAGAUGGCCAAGUGUGAGGAGUGGAGUAUUGUGAGUGGUGGCGUCUUAAAGUGUACCUCAGAGGAGACCAUCGAGGACUGCAUUGCUGCCAUUGUGAAAGGAGAAGCUGAUGCCAUGAGCUUAGAUGGAGGCUUCAUCUACACGGCGGGCAAGUGUGGUCUGGUGCCUGUCCUGGCAGAGAACUACAUGCCUAAAGAUGGCAAUGAGCAGCUUGGGUCUAAGUGUGUGAAUACGCUCACGGAAGGUUACUACGCCGUGGCAGUGGUUAAGAAAUCAGACGCUGACCUCACCUGGAACUCUCUGCGAGGCAGGAAGUCCUGCCACACCGCAGUUGGCACUUCUGCUGGAUGGAACAUCCCCAUGGGCUUAAUAUACAACCAAACUGGGUCCUGUAGAUUUGAUGAAUUCUUCAGUCAAAGCUGUGCCCCUGGUUCUGAUCCAGAUUCCAGUCUCUGUGCUCUGUGCGGCGGCGACGGCAAUCCAGCCCACGCGUGUGCUGCUGACAGCCACGAGAAAUACUACGGCUCCAGUGGGGCGCUCAGGUGUCUGGUUGAGAAGGGAGACGUGGCCUUUGUGGAGCACCCCACAGUCCUGCAGAACACAGACGGGAAAAACCCUGAAGACUGGGCUAAGGAUCUAAAGCAGAAAGACUUUGAGCUGCUGUGCCUUGAUGGCAGCAGAAAGCCUGUGACUGAGGCUCAGAACUGUCACCUAGCCAUAGUCCCAAAUCAUGCUGUGGUCUCAAGAGAAGAUAAGGCAGAUUUUGUUCGAAGAAUGCUCUUCAACCAACAGGAGCUCUUUGGAAGAAAUGGGUUUGAAUAUAUGAUGUUCCAGUUGUUCAAAUCCUCAACCAAGGACCUGCUCUUCAGUGAUGACACGGAAUGUUUGGCUAAACUUCAGGACAAAACAACUUAUCAAAAAUACUUAGGGCCAGAGUAUCUCACAGCUAUUGCUAAUGUGAGACAAUGCUUACCCUCUGACCUCCUUGACGCCUGCACAUUCCAUGAAGUUAAAAAGUGAUCAAAGUGGGCAACUGCAGAGACGCUCAGAGCCUGCAGAUACGAUGGGGCCACAUUCUCACCUGUCUGCAUGUGGGUCUGUGUUAACACCAGUUAUCUUCAUAUUUAUGUGGCAUAACUGAUGCAAAAAUUGAAAUGAAUAAAAGCUAUUGUCUUCUCAGAAAA